CUUCGCUUUGGACGCCGAGGCUGUGGAAGCGCUUCUCUUGUGUGAGGAAUUCUCGUCGCUGUCAGCGUUGGAGAGCUUAGGGGCGCAGGUUUCCACCAGAACGCCCCUUUGGCGCCUGUGCUGGCAAUGACCUAAUCAUGUCGAAUAAAGAUGAUAUUGAGACUGCAGGGAUAACUGAAGCAACCCCCAUCCUUGAAGAUGAGAACUCUGAGCCAGCCAAGAAUUUUGAGUCAGUUGACAAAAGUGCCAAGUCAGAGAGUAAAUCAGAACCUGUAGCUUCUACUCGGAAGAGACCAGAGUCCAGACCUUCCAGUGACCUUGAGACUUCAGAAGUUCUUCCUGUUCAGGCAUCACAGGCUGCAGGCAAAGAGACUGUUUCCAAAGAUGUACCCCAGACCGCAUGGGGCUAUUGGGGCAGUUGGGGCAAGUCCUUGCUCUCCUCAGCCUCAGCUACAGUAGUCACAGUAGGACAAGGUAUUUCAAAUGUCAUUGAGAAGGCAGAGACUUCGCUUGGAAUCCCUAGUCCCAGUGGAAUUUCAACUGAAGUCCAGUAUGCAGCAGGGGAGACAGAUGCCAAAGAGAAUGAAAACUUCUCUGCAGUGAGUGGGCCACUUGGGGUAUUCUCAACCAUCUCUUCUGCUGUUCAGAGCACAGGAAAGAGUGUUAUCAGUGGGGGUUUGGAUGCCUUAGAAUUCAUUGGGAAAAAGACAAUGGAUGUAAUAGCAGAAGGGGAUCCUGGAUUUAAAAGAACCAAGGGUCUGAUGAACCGGACUUCUACACUGUCUCAGGUUUUACGAGAGGUGAAGGAGAAAGAAGAGCUAUGGACUGCCAAUGCAGUUACCAUGGAAACGGAAAAGAAAACUCAUUAUGGGCUACUCUUUGAUGAAUUUCAAGGCCUUUCACAUCUAGAAGCUCUGGAGAUGCUCUCACGAGAAAGUGAAGUAAAGGUGAAGUCUAUUCUUAAUUCUCUAAGUGGAGAAGAAUUAGAGACUCUAAAACUUGAAUUGGAGCAACUCAAAGAAGCAUUUUCCCUAGCAGAGUUCUGCGAGGAAGAGGAGGAAGAGAAGACAGUGAUCCUCACCAGUCUUUCUGCGGUGUUUUACAUGGGACUUGUUUUUCUAGGGGAUGAAGACUUUACCAAAGAGAUAACAGAGCUAUUUUCCCAGCUGCAUGUCUCCUCCAAACCAGAGAAACUUGCCAGGGCAAGACAUACAGCCUAUGAAUGGAUUAGGACAUCUCUGGCUAAACAAUUAGAAGAAAAGGAAGAAGGACAAAAACAAUUGGAAGCAGAAAAAAUGGAGCAAAUCAAUAACAAUUCAAUAGAGGAUAUCCAUGCAUUUGCAAUCCGGAGCCUAGCGGAAUUGACUGCCUGCUCAAUUGAACUGUUUCACAAAACAGCCGCUCUGGUUCUGCAUGGCAGGAAGCAGGAAGUAACAGCCAUAGAAAGGAGCAGAACCCUUUCCCAGAUGACAGUUGUGUUGUGUAAAGAGCUGUCUUCUCUGUCUAAAGAGUUCACCACCUGCCUAACAACUGCUGGGGUCAAGGAAAAGGCAGAUGUUCUUAAUCCAUUAAUCACUGCAGUGUUUCUAGAGGCAUCAAACAGUGCUUCCUACAUUCAGGAUGCCUUUCAGCUACUUUUACCCGUGCUGGAGAUCUCUCUUAUUGAGAACAAGACUGAAUUACCAGAGGCAUGAGCUACAGGUCCGGAGGCCUUUGUCAGAACAUUGAAGAACAGAGACUCCUGAUGGCCAAGAAAUGCCACUCUCUUCUGGGUGCCCCUGCAGAAGUGAGGGAGAAAGGUUAUUUUAGUAUAUAAAAAUCCAGGCAGGAGAGCAGGUUUAAAGGAAAUUUGUUGCCGUCACUGCUUGACUGAAGUAUUCGAGUCUUCACACUGCUCUUCCCAGUUGUUAUAAUUAAUACAUUAUUUGAAAAGAAACUUUUAUAGAAAGUUCGAAAUAAUAGCUCUAGGUAAAGGUUAAGGGGACACUCAGGCAAAAAUAUUUGUCUUUCUUUGAUAAGAUGCAAAACACUAAAAAUUUUGUCAUGGAUAUAAUUUUGCAGUCCAUGGAUGUAAUUGGUUGUUAAGCAAGAGGAAAAAUAAUUCAGUAUUCGGGAAUUUGUGGGCUUAAUCUAUUUAUGUCGUUUUCUUUCUCCUUUCUAUAAUAAAAUCUAUGGCUUUAAGAAAACGGAGUGUAUAUAAACUCUGUAAUGAUCACCCUUUAUUACAUGGAAUUGGUUAAAAAGUUUCAUCUGCUGUUUAAUUCUCAGUAAAUAUUUGGCAUUGAGGAGAAGCUUAUAAAAUAUACUUAUAGCCACAUGAAUGAACUAUAGCAAAGUGCCCUUUGGCUUCAAAUUACUCUCCUACCCCAAGAUGACAAGCUUCAAGUUGUAGUUGACCCCCACUGUACUGGAUUCAAGAGCAAUAAGUGCAAUUUAGAGAAAAAGUUUCAUGUUUGCAGAUAUUCUGAGUCUCCAGGGUGUUUUUCUUGCAUACCCUAUAUGCAGGAUAAAUUCUAUAAUAGCCAACUCCAAAGGAGUGCUGAAGCUCUUUCAGUGAUGGGGAUUUUGUUGUUUGAAUAUUGUUGAAGUGUACAGUAGAGUCCCAUAGAAACGACGUUGAUGUAUAUAAAAGGAUUGACAGUAUAUUUUUACUCAUUCUUUUUUGUUUCUUUUAAUGUAUUCUUUAGCAUGUUUAUAAAUAUAACUUUUUUCCUUCAUAUCUUAAGCCUUCUCUUGCUUUCUUCAACAAUUUGAAAGACUUACAGGUUAUCCUCUUCCUCAAAGCUAUUUUGGUAUUCACUCUUUUAAAAAAAAGUUCUCCACCUUUGUGGUUUUUAAUGAUUCAGGUAACUUGUGAGCUCUGCCCCUUAUCUUUUAAAACCUUUAAAUAAAGUGUAAUAAUCACUUCAGUUGAUCCUUUUAUUUACUUUUCCAAAUGUGAGUCCGAAUAUCUUCUCAGACCAAAGAAAUAGCAAAGCAAAGCUAUAACAUAGGUAGAUAUCAAGACUAUUUCUAUGUGAUCACCUUAUUUGGGGUAGGGGGCAUUUUGUUAGCAAGGAGGAAAAUAAGUAGAUUUGGACUAAAAAGGUAUACCAACAUCACUAAAAUGUUACUCUGCUUAUAUUCUGUUCUAACAUGAUGAGAAAAGUUUUUGAAUAUUUCUUUUUUGUAGACACAUUUUACCCUUCCCAAAGAAAGUAAUUCUAUAAUUUUAGAAAAGCGGUUGUGUUGUGAUAAAUAAAGCUAGUGUCCCUAGCCCUGAUUUGUGACUCAGGCUCAGUUGCUGUGUCUGAACCUGGAUCCCUGAGUGUGAUAUUUCAGGUUUAGAAACUGGUCACACUGCCUACUGCCUGUUUAGACUCUCAUAUAAGGGCAAUUUGUAGUUUUUACUCUUCAAUCUGUAAACAUCUAAGGUUUUUCUUUUAAGAAGAGGGGUAUAGAUGCGGGGGAUAGAACAGUGACUUUUUUUAUGCAUCUGUCCAGAUUGCAACCCUCAAUUUCACCUGUUUUAGAUUAGACCUUACAAAAGGCCAGUGUGACUCACUGCCUCUUCUUUCUGUCUCAUCCCUCUCAGCAGCUUCACCCACAUACCCAUCCACAUGUGUUUGUGGAUUCAGGAGACCACCAAUGAAAGGAUGAAAGGACCAAUUAGUUCUGAGUAACUGUUGCCUGCCUUUCACCUAGAGUAUAAUGAAAAAGAAUGAAAGUUCCUUGAUUCAGUAGAGUUAGGGAAAUAGCAUAAACAUUUAUUGAUAGGUGGAAUAGGGUAGAUUCAGGGGACGCUUUGGAACCUGUUGGAUUAUGGUGCUGGUUCUUGGCUGGUGCAUGCUUCAUUAUUCAUUUGGGGUGAGUUCACGGUGUAGUACACGAUGAUACCUACUCUUUUGGUGCUACUUCCUUUAAGUUUUCUGAUACAUAGGAUUUACUGCUGUGUCAUAGUAUGUGCUACCCUCCCUUCCCAAUUCACUUAACACCUUGAUAGGUUAAAUGUUCAGUUAUUACUGGAGUAAAUGUUUUUCUUCCUACUUUUGGGGUCUUUAAAGGCUGUGAUCAAGAGACGUCAUUAAUUUGAUCUAAAAGAAAUAGAAAUUUCCAUGAACUAAUUCUUGUCCUUUUUUCCCUUAUACAGUACCUUGGAAAUGUGUUAAGGGCAAGCUAUAUUUUCCUUACUUGCUUUUGAUAGUUUUUUUUUUUUAAUAAGAUAUAGAUGCCUAGAUUGACAGACCUCUGAAAUGUACAUUUGUAAUUCAUAUAGGUGGCAUUACCACAAAUCUGAAAUCAGGGCUGAUGCACAAAUGUAAAUUUUCCAGUCCUACAAUCAGGAAACAAGAUCCUGUGGGUUCCUUCGCUUGAAUGAGGACCAUCUCUUUUGUACUUGUUUUUAUCUAAAGACCUAUUUGAGGGAGAGGUGUUUUAUAAGUAAUUGCUAUUGAUGUCAUCAGUUGAGAAAUAGACAUUUUUCUAUAUUUUUAGACGUGUUCUGAGUUUUAAAGGUGAGCAUACUCUUCAGGUUGCAAAAACCCUGAAUAAAAUUGUGCCCACAGUGCACUCUCAAUAAGCAUGAUAUUUCCUCAUAAAUGUCAAAGGUUGAAAUCGCUUGUCAUGUCUUAACACUACAAUGUGAAGCUCAUUUUCAUAAAUGACUUAGAAUGAAGCAUUUGAGAAAUAAGUUCUAAAAAUAGCAAACCUCUUAAUUAAUGUGUCAUCUAGGCCUCUGGCAAAUACAUGAGGAGAAUUUUGAAAACUCGCCCGUUAGUGUGACUUUUCAGUCUCAACCUGCUGUUCCUCACGCACCAACCAGUCCACUCGUUCCUCCCGGUUUUACUUGCAGCCCUUGUUAUCACAUCCUUUCUUGUCAUUACAUCAUCUAGCCAAAUCCCAAAGUCCCUUCAUGUCUAACUAUCACUUCCCCAAUCAAUUCUUCAGGGAAAUUUUUUUAUAAAUCAGGCUACUGUCUGAACUAACAUGUCCUUUAAACUAAAGGUAAAGGAAGGCUGCAGUGACUGAUCACUUCACCCUCACACAUGAGUGUUGAAUUUUCUAGACAUUUAAGUUUCUGACUGGCCUACUCUUGUAAGGGGGCAGAUACAGAGACUACAAGUAGAACUGAAUCAUCAUCUAUAUCUUCUUGUCAUCCCCACAUUUAUUUCUUUAUGUACACACAGGCCAUUGCUAUGCUCUUAAGCUAGUUCUAAGGAGGAAGUCAUUUUCCCCAACUCAGCUGUGCGUGCACCAGUAUGCUUAAUUUUUUAAAACAUGUUUUUAAAGUUGGAAUGGGAGUAGUUUGUCACAGAGUUUCUACCAGCCAGUCUCAGCUGGGUAACUGGUGCACUGACUUGGCAAUUUCAGCCAAACGUGUUUAAGCCUGAAGUGUCUACAUAAUAAUUGUAGCUGUUUAUGUCAGAACUGAAGGCCUGCUCUUAAGUGUUUACUACAAUCUGAUCUUCCUUUACCUCUUCCAGGCAUAUCGUUGAGUGUAAUGAGAACUGCGUGGUUAACAUGUAUGUUGAAGCAAAAGUUUCAAAGUAAGAAUUGAAUAUUCGUAGGCAUUUAGCGCAUUCAGUAAGUCAGCAGAUGCUUAAGUACCUUUUUUCUGUAUUUGUCUCACUCACCACUGAGCUCCCAGCUUUCAGCAUUGGGUCUGGCACAUGGCAGGAGAUACUUGUUGUCUGACUGAAAGAAAGAAGGAAGCAAAAGGAGGGGAGUGGGAGGGGAAAAUGAAAGGAAAAAGGAAAAGGAUGCUUAGUGAUGUGCUGCUAGUAGAGAGUAUGGAGCUGGAAGAGACUCUGAGCAUGUAAGGUGAAAACCCCUCAUUUCACAGCUGGGGACAUUGAGGCCUCAUAGGAGAAAGAAGUGGCCCACAAAGUCACAUGGCUGAUAGGAGGCUCAGUGGAGACCUGAACCUGGGUUUUUGAAUCCCAGUCUAGUCUCUCCAUUACACCAGAGCCUCCCUGGGGUUCUACACACACUUACUGAGAGGCCAUCCCAGACCCUGGAGAACAUACUGCAGAAUGUGUGGCCUCUGUCCUGUAGGAGCUCACGUAAGUGUCCCUGUGUGAACGAUCUCUGCAUGGUAGCUGCAAAGCCCUCCUGAGAAAGGAAGUUAGAAAAGCUGCUCUGUUGUAAUGGAUUGUGGCUGAGUCGGAUGGACUUGUCCCAAGUCUAAUUGUGAUUGUUGGGCAGGUCAUAUUGCAAAUGUUUGCAGAUGCAUUCUCAAAACCGUCAAAUUGCUACUUCUGUUUUAGUUGUUUGCAUCUUAAGAGGACAAUUUCUGCUGUAUAUAGAACGAUAGAAUGAUCUGUUGUUCAUCAGCCACCAGUAGUUACAAGAGGACACUAACACACAUGGAGCCCAUUGACUACCAGGCACCACGGAAUACACUUCAUUGUAAAUCGAGUAACUGCUCUGCCAGGCAGGGCACUGCCACCCCCAGUUCAUGGGCCUGCAGGAUGGUGUGGAAGUGAGAAGCAAAGACUCAAAAUUGAAUCUCAGUUCCCUCAUUUUCCAGCCCUGUGAUCACGAGCAAAUGACUUAAUCCCUUAAAUUGCAGUUUUGUCAUCUGUAAAAUCGGUCUCAUAAUAGCACUUGUAUUAUAAAGUUACUUGUUUUGUCAAGUUGAUAGGAUUAAAUAAAAUAAUCUGUGCAAAGUACUUCGAGUAGUGCCUGCCACAUAGCAAAGGGAACUAAUGCUUAGUAAAUACUGUGUGCCAGGCUCUGGUCUGAACAUUUUGUGUGUAUUAAUUUAAUCCUCACAAGAUAGAAACUAUUAGUGUGCCUAUUUGAUGGAAAAACUGAGGCACAGGGAGGUCACAAAUAACUUGCCUAAGGUCCCAUACCCUACAAGUGGUAGAGUCAGGAUUCAAACCCAGGCAGCUUGGCACCAGAGUUCCUAUUUUUAGCCAUUACAUUACACUACCACCACAAGCUGUUGAUAAAGAAACCUUAAUAACUAUCAGCUACUUUAUUAUGAUUAUGAAACAGAUUCAGAGUUAAGUGGCUCACGUGUGACUUCACCACUGUAAAUGGCAAAACCCCUGCAGUGUGAGCCCACUUUGGCUCCCAAACUCAUGUGUCUUCCGUUUUCUUUCUUUUAGGAGAAAGGCUUGAAGGCUCCUGUCUAGUGAUGAGUAUCUGUAGGGGAGCAUCUGGGCAGAUUAUCCAAAGCCACUAGGAGUUGGCAUAGAAAGGAUGGUAUGGUGACAAGUCAUGUUUGCAGCAGCAGGAACAAAAAUCUCAGUGAAGUAUGAGCAUCUGAAUCAAUUAGUGAUCAAAUUGGAAAGAGGAGUACAUGAAUGUUCACAGCAGCUUUAUUUGUAACAGCCCCAAACUGGAAACUCUGCAGAUGUCCUUCAGUGGGUGAAUGAUUAAACAAACUGUGGUGCAUCCACACCAUGGGUUACUACUCAGCAAUCAAAAGGAACAAACUGGGGGCUUCCUAGGUGGCGCAGUGGUUAAGAAUCCGCCUGCCAAUGCAGAGGUCACGGGUUCAAUCCCAGCUCCAGGAAGAUACCACAUGCCGCGGAGCAACUAAGCCCGUGUGCCCAAAAAAAAAAAAACAAAAGGAACAAA